ACCAGCAGUCGUCUCUGCGACCCGGAGUGUCUUGAAGCAGCGCGCAGUUUACCGAAAAACUUGAAUCUGUCUCGAGUUGGAACGACUUAGGCCUCCAGAAACUCACUUAAAUGAUCAACUAUUUUUUCCGUCACCAUGGGUUCGGAGGUUAUGUGGAACCAAAGGCAUCUCUCGGAGAUUCUCCAAUCGGGAGUGGAAAGCUAUCUGUUGGCAGAAGUAAGUCUGUCUGUCCUGGGACAGAGAAUGGUCGUCAACGUAGAGCCAGACGAAGACGAUUGGAAUUGCCUUCAUCCUCUUGAUCCAAUCGACAUCGUGAAAAAUAACAGCUCAGAGUUCGAUGAUGGAAAGCCAGACAAGCAGCCGAAAGAUUCGCGGAUCUUUUCCGUCGCGAUGGACAUUCCUCGCAAGCGGAAAAAGGACAAGGAUACCGAAUCGAUAUCAUCUCUAUCUUCACCCUCAUCGGUUUUGCAGCGCUGGCGCCAGGCGGCCAAGAAGGUCCUCUGCAUGGAGGAUCCGUUCGGCUCGUUCCAUCUCGAAAAAUGCGAGACCGAGAAGGUUCUCCGUAUGCGUUACAACCCUCUCAAAAGAGAAUGGGUGAAAGACGAAAUUCUGGUGAAGAUGUCACGUGAGCCAUUCGGUCGCGGCGCGAUGCGGGAGUGUUACCGUGUCAAGCGCGUGCGUCCCUCACAUUUCCACCAUACAGUCUCCACGAAUUACGUCGCCAAGCGUUACAUCAACCCGGUCGAUCACUCCGUCUACACGGAAGAUGUGAAGCUGCAGAUGUGCGCUAAGAUCUGGGGGGAGGAAUUCAACAGACACAACCCUCCCAAGAAAGUCGAUUUCUGUCAGAUGAGCGUCAUUCAAUUCGUCGAUAGACCCGACAAACCCUACUACCACCUCGAGCAUUUCAUCGAAGGCAAAUACAUAAAGUACAACUCGAACUCCGGCUUCAUCCAAUGUGAGAACGCUCGUUUCACGCCGCAGGCAUUUUCGCAUUUCACAUUCGAGAAAUCAGCUCAUCAGAUGAUUGUCGUCGACAUACAAGGCGUCGGCGAUCUCUACACCGAUCCGCAGAUCCACUCGUUCGACGGUCUCGGUUUCAACGAAGGCAACCUUGGAGUGAAGGGAAUGUCUCUCUUCUUCCAAUCACAUGUCUGCAACCCAAUCUGUCAGUCGUUGGGUUUGACGCUUUUCGACAUGGACCAGAGCGAAAUGUCCGUCCCAGAAGUGCAGAAGAUGAUGAGUGCGAAAACAUGCGUGCGCUCCAAUUCGAGGAACAGCAACUCAUCGAUUGGCGCAGAUUCGCCGCUGCACCCCAGCUGCCUAGAGAACCUGAUCAAGCCUCGGACUCGGACCUACAGUUCUCCGCCUGAUUUGCGGAUGGCUCGGGCUCGUACGCUGAGCACGGCGUCGCGUCGCGGUCGCGAAUCCCAGGGAUCCCAGGGCUACGACUCGAAGACCCCGUCGCCGCCAGCGCACCCCGAGCUCCAUCUGAAGUCAUUCGAUGGGCCCGAGUACGAGCGUUCCCUCAGUUCUGAAAGCGAGGACGCUCUCGAUAUCGACGUCGACUCGGUCAUCGAGAGUCUAGGCUUUAGCGAGGAAGAGGAACUCCAUCGUAGCUGCUCAUCGACACGAAACGGUCGAAUGCGUUGCGACUCGGAAUGCAGCUUUCUCUUGGACGCAGAUUUCGAAAAGCAGGAAUUCCAGCGACAAAUUGAGAAAAACGCGCGUCCUUCGAGCGUAGAGCUAGAGGUAGAGCUCCGGAAACUCGAGAAUGCCAUCGAGCCGAGUAUUCUCGGCCAAAUCCAUCUCGAGCUCUGCCGUUACUAUGAGAACGGGCGUUUCAGUCUCGAAGAUGAUCCUCUAACCUACAACAAAGAAGCCGCGCUGUUCCACCUCGAUAAGGCGGCGCGAUGCGGGAACCUCGAAGGCUUACAGACGUUGGCGAAAAUGUACCAGGGCAUCGGACAUGAUCUCCUGGAGUCAGUAGAGCUGCCCGAAGAUCGCGAGAAAGCUAUCGAGUAUCUCGAAAGAGCAGCAGAAGCCGGCGACCGGGUAUGCAUAAUCCAGCUAGCUAAGAAUCUCGAUGAAGCCCUCGACUGGGAGCACGCUGCCGAGUGGUACAGCAGAGCGAUCGAGAUGGACUUCGACGAGGGAGGUGAAUACGACACUAACGGAAUGCAGGAUCCGAUGUACAGCCUGCUGGCAAGGCUCGCCGCCAUGUACGCACAAGGGGGCAACGGUCUACCCGAGGACAAAACUAAGGCCUACGAAUACUAUCAGCAGGCCGCCGAAGCGGCCAUGGCAGCAACCAAAGGCCGUUUGGCAAAUAAGUACUACGAGUUGGCGGAGUGUAUUUAAUGGAGAGAGUCUCGUCCAUUUGAUUCGGACGGGGCGGAAGAAUACGAUUGGAGCAGCAGAAUCUUCUCGAACAUCAGAUCAACAUACCAUCUUUGAAUCUAAGUGAUCAUGACGAGAAGGAUAAUGAUUCUCGAGUCGCCCCAACGCACUUCCAGGAUAAUAUUUACUGACAUUUUUCAUUAUUAUCCAUCUUCACUCGAUACUGAUGGUGAUGAGAACGACGGUGUUGGUGAUGGGUCACGAAACUUGGAACGUGCUUAGAGUUCGAGAAGUGAUCAUUUAUCUUGUCAAGUCUUGUGGCGCGACCUUCAAGACUGCGUCCCCUCCCUGAUUUCAACCGGAGGUAGGUAGAGAGCUGUAAUUUCUUCGUGUAUUGCUCGAUUCACUGAUCAAUACCGGAACUGGUUCGUAAGGCCAUGGUUUCUACAUCGUUGCGGUUGACUGGAACCUUUUAAUCUUCAACAUUAAGUUUUGCCAAUAAUAUCUACCAAAGUGAUAAAAUGGCUUCGAGAAGAGCAAAGUAUGAUAAUUAACCCACCGGAUCCCUGAAAUGAGGAGUAGGUGACAGUUUCGAUGCUCCGCCAAUAUGAACUCGAAGUACCCGAUCUCUUCAAGCCCAGAGGAGAAUUUCGUAAUCGAACUUGGGCUCGUCCAACGGUGGUGGAAAGCUCAUUAUCAUCGGUGAAUCGUCGAACCGAGUGAAGCACUCGGAACGUGAGAUAUCCUACGGCGCGCGCAAACUCGGCGCCCAAGACUUUUCUGUAAACGAACCUUCGUCUAUAACUUAUCAUAUCCAUCUUCCAAAUUCUUCGCGAGCACUCCGUAAAGUAUUAGAUUUGACAACAUUCUUCCUUGAUCCCUGAUGAUUCGAUUCAUUAUUGUUCAGAAAAAUGUGGAUACUAGCUGUGCUAAGAGCGCUAUCAACAUGAGUGAGAUACUAUCGCAACAUGAUAUUCAUCUAUAUAUGGAAGCAGAACAGUGAUGGGUAGGGAGCUCUGAUCUAUGAGAACUGAGUUAUACAAAAUAAUCUACGGAAGCCCAACUAUUUUAACCAUUCGUCGAGGCAUUCUGCCCUCCGAGUUUUCGGACUCACCCACCAAUUUUGAUGGAGUGUCUUCGAUGAUGGUGUCGAUGCACCUUCAUUGGAUGGUAUCAAGGGCCUCAUCAUCGGGGAGGAAUGAUUUCUCGAAAUGCUUCGGAUUCCCGUGGUUUGUUUUCGGAUGUCUCCAAGCAAAAGCUUUGCGAUCAUAGAUCUCCGGAGCUUUCAGUGAUCAUUGAUCAUCGACAUCGAAUGUUUCAAGCAAGAGGCGAUUUUAUAAGACUUGCGUCAUAAUAAGGAGAGGUGUCAUCUGAUUUCAUACUGUUUUUACCUCAAAUAAAACGGCGCUGGGG